AUGGAGGAAUUUCUAGGAGCUUGGAAAGUGGAAUCAAAUGAAGAUUUCCACAAAUUUUUAAAUCACUUCGGAGUGCCUUCUCCCCUUGCCAGAUUAGUUGCAAGUUUUGGCUCCACAACAGAAUUUUCGAGAAUUAAUGAAGACACUUAUGAAAUAACAAUUUCAUCGGUGAAAGGCAAAACACGAGCCGCCUUUAAAUUGGGGGAGGAAUUUAACGAAAAAUGCUCAGGAGAUGCUACGUUGAAAUCCAAGAUAACGAUUGAUAACGGAGUAAUGAAGCACGUUCAAUAUGGAAGUGCCGAAAACAUCAUAACAACUCGAACAAUUAAUGGUGAAUUGAUGACUGCGAUAUACAACGUUGGAGAUCUGACGUGUUCGCGAAUUUAUAAACGGUGUACAAAAUGA